AUCAUACAAAGAAUUAAUAACAGAAACACUCACAUUAACUCCUCCUACUAAUCGAAUUAUAAACCAUAAUGAGUUACCACUUGUAAAUGAUGAGUUGUCAAUAACAUUAAAAAUAAAUCUCAUGAGCCAUGAUGUUAAUUGGGCUGUUAUUUUUCAUAAGGGUAGGACGGCAGACACCGAACGUACACCUUCACUCUGGCUGACACCACAGUCUUCAGCUCUACAUCCACGUUACACAACUAAUAUUGAUAUGAAUCGGGGAAUUGAUGGUAUUUUUGAUGGUGUGGUAACAACUGGAGUUUUAGCCGGUUCAAUUGUAGGAUCAUUUUUCUGUAGUAUGAUAUUUUUAGCAGGAG